CUCCAAAAGCAAGCUUAUCGCUGCUGCUGCUGCUGCGUGCCUAUAUUGGAAUUAGAAAAAAGAAACCAUAGUACACUCUCUUAUUAUUACAAAACUAGGUGGCGACCUCAUUUCCCCACCAUUCUUUUCUUAUUGUCGAACCAAAACCUCCUUUGAUCCUUCUCUCAACACCCUCCUCCUCCCGCCAACCCUUGGUUACCCCCCCUCUCUCUCUAUUAUCCUCCUUUUCGAAUUCAAAAAAGUCCCAACCCGGCCAUGUACAAACGCCAUUCGACUUCAGAACAUAAUGCCGAUCGGCUCUGCGACCAAUUACGAGAAGAGCAACAAAAAAGCAAUCAGAAUGCCGCCAAGACAUUCAUAGAGUCGACAUUACGGCUAAAGCUGGCGUCGGACGACUUGCACAAGGAGCUCCAGGACGGCGUUAUGCUAUGCAAACUAGCAAAUUCUUUACAGCCAGGCACAAUCACGAGUAUUGGAUGCAAGAACAUUCCAUUUGUCAAGAUGGCCAACAUUAGUCUGUUCCUGCAAGGGGCACGCGAGCUUGGUUUACAUAACUCUGAACUAUUUCAAACCGUUGACCUGUACGAAGCUAAAGAUAUGGGCGCUGUGGUGAACACAAUUUUAUCAUUGGCGCGAUUGAACAUUAGAGUAAAGCAUUCUUCCUCCAACGAAGAACGAUCCAAAACGCAAUCACAGCAGCAGCAUAAUACAACAUCACGUACGGGACGACGACGAUCUUCAUUUCCGCGCUUAUUAAAAACCAACAACAACAGUAAUGUCACUGAUCGCUCGUCAAACCAACAACAACAACAGCAGCAGAAAGAGUUAUCACUGCGACGAUCACCACUCCUUUCUGCAAAACAUCAUGGAAAACCACAACCCUCAGGAGACGAAGCAGCAGCACGCAAUGGUUAUCGACAUGUAAAGUCCAUCUUUGGACAGCAGCCCAAUAUCGCUAAUAUUAAUAGUAAUAAUAGCAACGGCACAACAACAACAUCAAACAGAGUGUCACCUCGAGCAGUGGAUAUCAGCAGGAUUAGUGAAAAAGCUGAAGCAUUACGCAGAACGUAUCGGUCCAAUAUGCAACAACAACAACAACAGCAACGACCUACUCUAGAUAGUGGCUAUAGUACAAUGGCUGCUCGUAGCAAUGAUACAUAUCGGCGCCGGCAACAGCAACAAAAGCAAUUGUGGAAUGAUACUCAUAACGCACACAUUGCGUCCUAUGACGAUGGGCAUUAUUCGACGAGCAGCAGUGCAGAAGAAGAUGAUGAUGAGGAGGAGGCAAUGGCAAUGGCAACAACGACGGAGGACACAGACUCUGUGGAAAAAGACAAGGAGUACCAGAGUGACAAGGAGCACCAGCAGAUCCAUCGCACGUCGACCGGUUCCACAGAAUCCGCAAUGAGUGAUCCAAUUUCAAUACACGUGGUGAUGCAGGGCGAGUACCAUAACGUUGUACAUCAUCGCCAUCGCUACUUGGAUGUACCGGACAAUACUACUACGACUACCAAUGAGUUUGAUGUCAUUGAUCCAUACCCGGAACCGUCGCGAUCCACUCCUGCGACUCUACGUCUCAAGCAAAGUAUAGAGACAUUGGAUUAUUUUGCACAAGACAAUGAGGAUGAUCUACAGCAACAACGUCAGUCGUGUUGGGAGAAUCGGGUAGAACCCACGAAGUCAAGCCAUUCGGACUCCUUGCACCCUGAACAAGCAAAACAAAAAGAAACGACCAAAGUUGUCUUGAAAGGAGAGAACGGUCAAUCCAAUACCUACUAUCAUCUUGGUAAUUGUAUUGGAAAAGGUCAAUUUGGCUCAGUGUACAGGGCAUUGGAUAUCCAAACGGGUGAAAUUGUAGCGAUCAAACGCAUCCAGAUCGGAGAUGUGGAGGUGGAUCAAGAAAUUUUGCAAGAAGUCGAUCUACUGAAAGAGAUGAAUAAUCCGAAUAUUGUACGCUAUCUUGGCUCAGUGCGUGAUGAUUCGCACUUGAACAUUGUCUUGGAGUAUAUCGAGAAUGGCUCUAUUCUAUCUACAUUGAAAGCGUUUGGCAGCUUGCCCGAGAAAUUGGUUGCUUCCUAUACCCAAAAGAUUCUUUGUGGGUUAGCAUAUCUUCAUGAGCACGAGGUGGCACAUUGCGAUUUGAAGGCGGCCAACAUUCUGACGACCAAGACGGGUGAUGUCAAGCUCACUGAUUUCGGUGUCUCCUUGAACCUACGGAUCAAGCAAGACGACAUGGGAGCGCCUGCAGGGACACCCAACUGGAUGGCUCCCGAAGUGAUUGAGCUCAAGGGAGCAUCGACAAAGUCGGAUAUCUGGUCAUUGGGUUGUACCAUUGUGGAAAUGGUGACUGGAAAACCGCCCUAUGCGGACAUGAUUGCCAUGUCUGCACUCUACCAUAUUGUCGACGAUGAAGAACCGCCUAUUCCAGACAACGUUUCUGACGCUUUGCAUGAUUUUUUGCGUGCAUGCUUUCAAAAAGAUCCAGAACAUCGACCGACGGCUCAUGAACUCGUUCGACAUGCAUGGCUAGCUCCGAUAGCUUUGUCCGUACCUCCUCCUCUCACUCCUUCGACAUCGGCGGACGAGCUCACGAUUUCUCCAGCAGAUGGCAAUAGAGAUCACAAACCGUGCGACGAAUCGUCAUCAUCAUCACCAAAGACCACCGACAACGACGAUGAUAUUGAUUUGACUAUGAUUUACGAAUACAUGCGCGCCAACCCCACCAUGGACUCGCAGCGUGUACCAGCACCGCAUAUUCGCAAAAAGGAAAUCAUUGAACAUCAAUUUGUCAAGACAUCGUUUGGCAAAGCCAUCACAUGCAAAGUGUGUCUUGUCACUGUCAAGAAGCAUGCCGUCUUUUGUGAAGCUUGCGCAUUGAUCUGCCACGAAAAGUGUCGUCAAAACGCAGCAUCUUGCAGACCUAUCUUCCCAUCCACAAAUCCAAAGCCCCAAUCAAGUCGUCGAGAUUCAUUCCCUCUUGCAACCUCUGAGCCACGUACCCAUAAUAAGCUUCAAAAGAUGCUGGCAUCCUAAUUGCUCUCCUCUCCACCGUCAUCAAACUCAUUAUCAUUAUCAUCAUCAACA